AUGCUGGAAGGCGCAUUCUCCGUGGAAUGGCUGGCACGGAGCAGUCGAAGACUAAACGAGCCUGGGCAGAAUCUAGCCCAGAGCCAGAACCUGGACAGCCAUCCAGCUCCCAGCAGCAAAGCGCUUCAAGGUGAACAGGAGACAGGGCAUCGUGACCUGUGCAGAGCAGAGACAGCACAUGACAAAGACACAAGGAGCCACAUUAAAAAGAGCGGCAGCUCAGUAACGAGUAAUAACCAAGGCAGCAAAUCUCCACACACAGCUCCUGAACUCCUCGAAGCCGGCGCCGCCUGCAGAGUUAGCGCCUCCGGAGAGAUGGACAGUGACUCCAGGAUCGAGGAUUGGGCUGAUCGCCGGCGCCUCCGAACUGUCUUCACCGUGGAACAACUGCGCAUACUCGAGCUGAGUUUCCAUUGUCAGCCAUACCCGGGAUCCGACCAGAGGCGGAGCCUAGCUGGAGAACUUAACCUAUCAGAGACACAGGUCAAAACCUGGUUUCAGAAUCGCCGAAUGAAACUCAAACAGCAGCUUCAAGAUGCUCAGGCUGAGGCCUGA